UUUUAAUCUCAGGCGCCGUCGUCACCUCACCACAAUCACAUAACAUUUGUCAGACUUCAUUUCAAGUGUCAAAUAAAAUGUAGUGGUCGUUAUUAUUUGUUGUUGGGAAUAUGAGCUGUAAAACCAUUUGUAUUUGUAAGUCACUAAUCUAUUACCUGAUAAAAGUCUGAAGAAUUAUAAUUAUUAAAUAUAACUACUCUUUGGGUACUGAUAUAGUUUUGUUAGAGUAACUUGGUAUUUACUGGAGUUGAGCAAGUCAGCCUAGUUUUGUAAUCACAGGAUGAUGCAGUUUAUGCUACUUUUUAGUAGACAAGGGAAACUGCGCCUCCAAAAGUGGUAUGUUGCUCAUCCUGACAAGCUGAAGAAGAAAAUAACAAGGGAACUCAUCACAACAAUUUUGGCAAGAAAGCCGAAAAUGUGUAGCUUUUUGGAAUGGAAGGACGUUAAAGUUGUUUACAAAAGGUAUGCUAGUUUGUAUUUCUGUUGUGCUAUUGAGCAAAAUGACAAUGAACUUUUAACUCUGGAAAUAAUUCAUCGAUAUGUUGAGCUGUUGGACAAAUAUUUUGGAAGUGUAAGUAUAUAACUUUCCACUAGAAUUAGUUUUAAAUCUUGUCUUGAAUUGAAUUGAAAAUCUCUUUAUUCAUA